AUGUUAGAAAUUUAUAAUACUGUCAAAACUCUCCUUAUCUUGACUGGAUUUUUCGUCAUUUUAUACUAUGGAAUCGGAUUUUUUAGACGCUUUCUUGAAAGGAAAUAUAAAAUUCAUAUUGGAUCAAUAGGUUUUUUAUCAAUUGCCAACCUAUCUUACAGUGGGAAGAUUUCUGGUCCACAACAAACUCAACAUUCUUUUAAAAUUUCUGUAAAUAAAGUUCAUUUACAAAUUAGAAGACCAAAUGCAAGUCGUAAAACAUGGCUUACCCUUAUUAUUGACGGUGCUUAUUUUAACUUUUCUUCAAUAAAAAUAUUUUUACAAACUACACAAAGAAAAAGAGUGUGUGCAAAGCAUCAUAGUUUAAUCGCUACCGUACCUCAAAAAGCUUGGUGGUCUUCCGUUUGGGUUGUUAAAUAUAUUAUGGGGAAAAUUUCUUCAAUUCCAUUACAAUUCUUCUUGUCAGGAAUUGCAAAUUUUUUUGAUAUAGAUGUUACUAAUGUCAAGCUAUUAGUUGAAGAUUUAGGACUAUUCCAAAUUGAUGAGUGUACUUUGGGAAUGGAUUUGCUUGCUGACGUUGGUCGAAAUCAUCAUCACGUAUUCUCUAAAAAAAUUCUCAACUUCUCCUUCUCGUUUUCAUCAUUAUCAAUUCGUGAUAUUGAAUCUGUUAAUAAACCAAAUAAUAGUAGUAGUAUAAUUCAAAACCUUCCGAAUAUACUUCCUGCUAUCUCUUUACUUCAUCCAACCUUUAUUACUUUAUCUUUACAUCUUUCUCCCGCCUGUACUUCACUAAUAUCUUCGGAUUUUGAUGUUUACUUAAAUCGAAUAAAUAUUGGUGUUGAUUCCAUACUUCGUUUGGUUAAAAUUAUUCAAUCAAAACUUCCAAACAAAGUAAUAAGGGGACCAGUUGAAUCCUUAAAUACCCAACCUUCGUCACCAUCAAAUAGAUCACGAAGUUAUAUGAUGGCUAAUUUAUUGGAUUCUUCAUUAGCUAGAAAAAUGAGACUUUCUCGUAGAAAGAAGACUCCUGUUGAAUUCCUUGGAAGUGUGAAGUUUAAGGUUGAUCUAAUUGAUAUUAAAUAUGAGUUUUCAGGAUUGGAUCAUAGCAAAUCUCAUGAAUUUCCUUUAUUUGCCCAAUUGUCAUUUCAAGGACUCUCUAUUUCACUCAAACAAGAUGAUAUCCAUUCAAUUAAUAAUCAUCGGGGAUCAAUACUUUUUCUUGAAGAAAUUCCUAAACCUAUAAAAUUGAAAAUGGGCUUUUCUAUAGAUGAUAUUUAUGGUGAUCUUGUAGAUAAAAAUCAUAUUGCUUCUCGAAUGAUUCAAGUGGAUAAGGUCGAGAGCAAAAUGUUAAUAUCUAAACCUCUCGUUACAGUUGCUGAUUAUGAUCCAAAUUCUUUAUCAUUUGACGGGACAUUCGAGGUUCGUUCUCCCGAAAUAUCCGUGAAUUUUAAACACCUUGAUGUUAUUAUAAACGUCAUCGAUUCACUAAAACAUCUUGAUCUUGGAGGAAAGCAUUCAUCAACUCAACGAUCACCCAAGCUUAAAGAACCAAGCCAGACGAUGACUGGUAUACCAAAAUUAGUCGCUACUUGUUCUAUAGUUAAUCCACUUGUUAAAAUUACAAGAAUUCCAUCUUCUACGCGAACUGGUGAAUUUUCACAGAUUUCCUUUGGAUUUCAGGAUAUAUCGUUCGAUGUCAAUGGUGACUAUACGGAAUUGAAUGAUUUAACACAAGUUCAACAUCAACGUGUAUUGUCAAGAAGAUAUACUCGAAGUUGGACUCAACCUAAUUUCUCCUUAGUAUAUAAUUUAGUUGCAAGUUUAAAAACUCAUAAGAUGAAAUUAUAUACUUUGGAAUAUGAUUUAUUUUUUAAUAAUUCUUUAGAAUUUAAUUUAGCGACUUCUGCGUUGGGAACUACGAUUUCAUUCAAUAAUAAGGAAGAUGAUACCGCUUUCACUACAUCUUUAGAAACAGAAACGAUUCAAGUGGACGUCAGUUGGAUAGUUGAUCGGCUUGAAGUUAGCUUAUGUGACAAAUCGACAUUUGAUUUGUUAAAACAACUCAUCGAUGUCACAACAAGGCUUAAACCUGAAAAACGUGAGGUUUCUGAACCGUUAAUAAUUGAAAAAUCACCAGAUCAAAGCGAAAAAGCUUUAUUAAUUUAUCUAGAAGUACUUCUUUGUUAUGUCACUUUUACCGCAAUAAGUGUGAAAAUUGCCGGGGUAGACUCAUUUGUUAAUUCAUCAACAUCAAGGGGAAUAGAUUUUAGGUUACAGGAUAUUGUAUUUGAUUAUAGGGGGGCAAGAGCAACGAUUGACCCUAUUGCACGUUAUAAAGGGUUUGGAUUAUCCAUAGAAGAUAGUGAUGAAGUUCAACAUGACACUGGAGGUAUUCUUCGAGGAUUUGUUAGAGGAAUAAAGUUGAUACCGAUUUUAGCCAUUUGGGACAAAGAAUUGUUUAAGAAUACAAUUCCAUUGUUGAACAUACCAGAUAUAGAACUUCAGAGUACCCUAUCAUUUAAAUACCUACAAAAUGAUUAUGAAUUAGUUAUCAACCCCAUGGUAAAAGUUCAAGAAGUUCAUGUGAAAUAUUCAUUACUCUAUCAUUAUUGUUGCUUAGUCGGUGUUAUUAAUAUCGUCCGAUUAUUACCAAAGUUCUCUGAUAAUGAGAAGAAUGUGAAGAGAUCCGUACCUACACCUUCCGAUUCGCAGCGUGAAAUAUCGGCAAAAAUUGAUUUGAAUGUCACGGUGAAUCAUAUUAAUGUGUCGAUUGACCUUCCGGAAGAUACCAAGGUUUUUGCGCGAGUGGAUGGGAUAAGUUAUAAAUUCGUUCCUCCUUCGGAUCAUGGAGUGAGAAUUAAAAAAUUACGUGUUUUUGGCACAAGUCUAGUGGAAGAAGGGCUAUGGGAUGAAAUAGGCAGAGUCGAGAAUACAAAAAUUCUUCUUUUGGACGAUGAUACAAAAUAUGAAAAGGCUAAAAAUAGUUCGAAUGAAAAGGAAUUGGACAAGAUGAUACGUAUUCAAUCCGAUUUGAUCCAUGUCCGUAUACCUCAUAAAUUCGUCCUUGCUGAUGUUAUUGAAAAUAUUGCUAAUACGGCCAAAGCUGUGAAACAUUUAACCGAACGUAUCUUUGCUGGUGAGGAAUCCUGUUUACCCUUAGGACCAGAGGAAGAGGGGGCAAAGCUUUUACCCACAAUACAACUUAAAGUCGGAUUGGUAACUUUCCGUUUAGAAGAUGAUCCAUUCGAGGCAAAAUUAUCUCUGAUAUGGAAAGUUGGUUGUCUAGAACAAAAGGCUAGGUUAGGAAGAGAUGCUGCUUUUGAGGCAAAAGCCGAAGCAAUUAGAGAAGAUGCUGCACAGUCAAAAAACAAUGGAGAACAAUCACAAAAAGAAAAUGGCGGCGGGUUGCUACUCGGACAAGAAGAAAAAACGCGCGCCGGCAAUUUUCGUCAUCAACCAUCUCCACGCGCGAAUUUGAGCAUUGAUGCAGCGUGUGAAGCAUUAAAAGAAUAUAACUCAAGAAGCUGGAUUAAAUGUGUAAAGGCCGCCGACCCAUCACGUGUAAAAUCGCAACAAAUGGGCAAGGUUUCUCAAGUGGAAUCCCUACCCAUUCGAACGACCGAACCUUCAAAGUUUCCCUCUUUGUUUAAUGUUACUAUAAUAAAGUUUGCUUUGACACUUUCAACGCCUUCCUUUCCAAUGGAAGAUUUGCCACAAUAUAUGUACGAGAUAGGAAAGGGCUUACCAUUGGAUACAAAAUUUGCACUAUUGGUUCCUAUGCAUCUGAGUGCUAAACUAAAAGAAGCGUGGGUUGAAAUUCGUGAUUAUCCACUUCCCUUAGCUCAUAUUCCUUCUACAGAUAAUUAUCAUGGAAAGAAUCCAUAUUCUUUCUUUCUAAAAGGAGAUUUGGUGGUUGGGGAAGAACUAAAGGGUAUGGAAGCGAUAAGGAAGGCCUCAGUUGUUAUUGUGACACCGCAAGGUGAUGAUAGUGCAUAUACAAUCAAAGUUCCAAGAACUGUCUCGCCCGUGAAAAUAUAUUCGGAUCUCCAUGUAAAGAUUAAUUCCUCACGACCAACGGUUUUUUCAUGGGGUGUUUCUAUGCAGCCAGCGGUUCAGCAUUUUGCAAAGGUAUUCGAAAGUUUUACUAAGCCUAAUCCUGACCCUUCAGAGGCUAUUGGAUUUUGGGAUAAAAUGAGAAUCAUGAUGCAUGUUAAAAUAUCAAUGGAAUUCAAAGGCACUGGAGACGUGCAAUUUUACUCAAAAGGUUCUCGUGAUCCAUAUUUAGUGACUGGAUAUGGGGUUGGUUUCGUCUUAUGUUGGAGCAAAAACGUCGAAAUUCGAUUAGGUUAUGCGAAUGAUCAAAAUGAAGUACUUCAAGUCGAUAGUCAAGAAUUCACGUGUGCUAUUCCUAAUUUAGCUUCUGUCGUCUCUGAUGGUAGCUUAUCCGCAAAUAAUACAGGAUUGGAAGCCAAACUUCAAAACGAGAGUAUUAAAGAUUCGGAGACCAGUACAAUUCGAACUCAGAAUUCAUCAAAUACGGUAGAAUCUGAAGCGUUGUUUGAUAACUAUUUGAAGCGAGUAAUGAAACUUUGUGGAGGUGUGAGAUACGGUAUGGGAGUUCAUUUCCAAAGACUCUGCAAUAAGUCAUGUCCAGUUUGUAAAGGACAACGCAAAUGUCGGUUAAUAGAUUUCAUACCACAUUAUGAAAUUAUUACAAGAAUACCUGAAUAUGCAAUUGCGCCGAAAGGGCAGGUAUAUGAUUCCUUUAAGGGUUUCCGAUCGGACUUUGUUCAUCUUUCAGUCAGCGUUUCAUGUCCCAUAAAUUUGAAAAAUUCUGAUGAUUAUCAUCACGAUAAAAAGGAUUUACAAAAUUCUAUACAAUUAAGUCCGAAAUCGCUUCAACAUGUAUUAUCAUGGGCAUUUCUUUUUGAACCAGCAAUGACUAUUCCUAUUCGACAAGGAGCUCUAUUUCCUUCUCUAGAACCUCCCUCUCCAAAACUUGGAAAAUAUCUUGGAACUAUAAAAAUUAAAAUCUGUGUAGGGCCAUUGUUCCUUAGUUAUUUUUACAGGGAAGAUGCUUUUGAAGAUCCCUUAGACGGAAGAACACACAUGGUAGGCAUUAAGGGCAAGAUUGAAAAUUUCAAAUUUGAUAUGCACCUCCGCAGCAAAGAGAAAAUUAUUGAGGUGGAAGGGCAGGAAGUUAAAGCUAGAGAUAUCAUCCUACAUGAAGCUGAGGUGGAUUUGAAAAAUUUGGAUUUAAGAGGAAUUGCUGUCCGAUAUAUUGGAGAAAAUAUAUUUUCGAACUUUUCAGAUGAACAUGAAAAGGAUGAGAGAGAUAUGUUAUUGGGGAAAGAUGAAGAUUUUAUGGCAUUACAUGUUGAAGAUGAAGAGUGGGUUGAUGUGAAUGAUUACAUUGAAUUGGAUUGGAUGCUACCGGACGUUAAAACUGGUGUCAGGGUAUUACCUUUGAUGAGAAGCCCGCAAAUGAUGUAUUUUAAAAGUCCGAAUGAAAAUGAUACAUAUGAAGAUAAGAAAACGGACCAAGGGACUCAUGUAUGUGUGAUGGGGCAGGGUCGAGAUACUGUUAAAGUUCAAAUUGAUUUCCUAACCGAAAGGUUAAAUCGAUUAAAUCAGGAGAUAAGUCAGCAGACUAAGAUACUAAGCAACAUUGAAGAGAGGAUUACCGCAGAUUCCAAAAGUCCAAACCUACAUCUACAAAAUAUGUCACAAUCUAUACAAAACACCACUGCCACGUUAUCACAAAAAAGAAAUUUCAUUCAAGAAUAUUUAAAUGAUUUAGAAGAACAACUAAAUAAACCGGAUCCAAAAUAUGUAGAUGUGAAAAGUGAUGAUGAACAGGUUGAUAAUGAGAAAAAGCCUAGUUUUAAUUCUCCUUUAUGGGCUGAUACUCAUGGACAUUUUGGUCAUCGAUUUAUUAUCCACAAUGCUGAAGGGUUAUGGAAUAAUUCAUUACGUAACUUGAUGUAUAAAUUUUUGAAUCUCGUGGAACAACAUCAAGGAUUAACAUAUUAUAUGUCAAUGAGUGCAGUCAAGUUUAUAAGAGAUUUGCAAAAGAAGAUUCAGCAACAGAAAGAAAAAGAAGCCUACGAACAUUCUCUAAGGAAAGAAAGUGAUUCAAUGUCUUCCGCUGGGUUAAACAAUUAUGAUUUUGAUGCACAAAUGGCGGCUGAAAUGUUGAGGAAGUUGGUUGGAGAGCAAAGUACAAGCUUUAUUGUGCCUAAUGAAAUUCUUGUAGAAGAGGGUACAGGUGAUCAAGGACAAUCAAAAGAUCUACAUGAUGAAAUUCCUGAAGGCUAUUCGUUACGAAAUGAUUUUAUAGUUCAAUUUAUUAAUCCUCAAAUUAAUUUACAAUGUGAAAAAAAUCCAGAUUCCAGUAUUAUAAUGUGUAUAGAAAGAGCUCAACUCAAAACCUUUUCAAUCGUAGAAGAUUGGUCUAAAGGUGACCUGAUUAAUGAAGUUGUGAAAACAAGAAUGUUCUUUGGUUUAGACAAUGCUCAACUUUUUACAAGCACCAAGGAAGAUUUCAAGAACGAUUAUUAUUCAAAGAUUUUAACGGCAAACAAUUAUGGUGCCAAGGGGCAAGACAAUUGGCCCGUUUGGGUUCCUGUGGAGGUGUUAAUUAGCAACACAAAAAACAAUGCUUUACCAUUUGAGCAACUGGUUAAACGAACUUCUGCCACAGCACAAUAUGACAAAUUUAACAAUUUACGUAUAAAAGGAAGUGACAUCAAAAAUGAUGAUCAGAAUAAUGAAAGUAACAAUGACAUCAACGAACAGGAGUCAAAUAUAUUAGAAGUUGACAGUUCUAAGAAAGUAGAAUUUGAUAAAAGGAUGGACUCCUUUCAUAUUAAUGUUCCAAAUCUUAAAAUCUCAGCAACUUCCGAUCAAUAUUGUAUAUUUUUUGAUGUUGUUACAGAUUUAUUUAUGUAUCGUGAACCAGCGCAAAAGGAACGUUCCGAAAGGUUACAGGCCAUUUUACUUGCAGCGGAUUUGGAUGAUCUUGAGGGUGCGGCCGAAAGAGUAUCAUCUUUACAAGAAAAAAUUCGACAAUUGGAUGAUUUAAGGCUUCAAUAUGAGUUACAUUCAAUAGAAUUAGAUGAAGAAGGCAUGAAGGAACUUCGGGCAGUGGAGAUAGAAUUAAUAAAUUCACAAGAAGAAUUAUACCUUUUAAUGGAAGCUAUUACCGCUUCACAAGAGAAGAAACGUGAUGCGGAUUGUAAAGUUGCAUUUAAACUCAUAGCGACAGCAGAUAAAGUAGCUUGGACUAUGCAAGAGAAUAACAGAAAACCAAUUUGUGAGUGGAAAUUAGCAAAUGCGCAUUUUGAAUGGAUGACAAAAGAAGAGAAUAGUAGUACAAACACUUUAGAGAUAGAUCAUGUCGUUGUAAUGAACAAGCUUCCAUCUCCUACAUUUAAAGAAUUAAUAUCACCAUAUAUAAUAGAUAAUCGUCCCGUGGAUUUUCGUCGUAAUAAGAUGAUUCGGGUUCAUUGGGAAGAAUUAGAACCUGUUGCCGGUAUUGCAAUGGUUGAACAUUUUGAAAUAAAUAUGUUUCCUCUUAAAUUCCAGAUGCAAUAUGAUAUUGGAAAACUUAUCAUGAUGUACAUAUUUCCGGAGAAAAGGAGUGAAUACGUAAUAAAACAAAAUAAUGUCAAGGCAAAUGAAUUCGCACAAGUUGGUAAUACUCCUAUAGAACAAAAGAGAGGAUCUAUAGGUUCUGAACAAAUAGUAAAGGUAUCAAAGAAAAUAACAGAUUUAUCUAAUGAUAGUUCUAGUACCGAAACUCAAGAAACAUCUAGCGAAUCUGAUGUGGUUUCUUUCUCUGACGACGGAGCUUUAAUUACGAAUAAUCCCACAACUGUUGGUAAAAAGCAAUUAUCAAAGACAACGACAGGAGAUCAUACGGAAUAUUCAUCGGAGUUGGAGUUGAUGAAAACAAGAGCUUCCCAAAACAGAACAUUUAUAUAUAUAAAGGUUCCUGGUGUAACACAUAAUUUUAGUUAUCAAGGCGUAAAAGAAAAGAAUUUGGAAGAUCUUUAUGAUUUUGUUUUCAAAAUGCCAACUCUGGAGUAUCAAAACAAAACAUGGUCGUGGUUAGACUUUUUGGAGCAAUUUAAAAAAGACAUUAUUCGUACCAUUCUGGCACAUACUGGUUCAUUGAUUAAUCAAAAAUUCAUUACGCAGAAACGUGUUCGACCAAUCACAGCAGAACCCACUAUUUCCAAUGAAUCCAAAGAAAUUGCCGUUCCUUCAUUAGCAGCAUUGGCAACAGUUGUGGCUGCAGCUAACGUUACUUCGAUGAUGGAUGGUGAAAAUGUUGAAAAUGAGCAUGAUGACGAAGGAUCAGACAAAGUUUCAAUUCUUAGUUACGAAAGUCAAGAAAGUCAAAAGAAAACGAGAGGUAUAAAGUCAAUGAAACACGAAAAGAGGGAUUCUUUAACAAGACAUAUCCCUCUUACGAAUUAUUAUAUACAUAAAGAAAUUGGUGGAACGCCACAUAUUUCUAGCGCAAAACCUACUCCGACUUCUGCCGUAAACGAAGAUAUUGAGGGAAAAGGUAGAUUAUUAUUGGGUAAAUUGUAUGAUGAAACUAGAUCAAAUCAAUCAAAUCAAAUGCAUUAA